CACGACCGGAAAUGAGGUCACAGAGGGAAACCCCCGCGGAGAGACGGGGCCCAAAGUGCGGUGGCCGUUGGAGGGGGCUGCGGCAGCCGACGUGGCUUCAUGGAUGAGCUGGUGCAUGAUCUGGCCUCGGCCUUGGAGCAGACAUCUGAGCAAAAUAAGCUAGAUGAGUUGUGGGAGGAGAUGGCUCUGAGCCCUCGACAGCAGAGACGGCAACUUCGAAAACGGAGGGGUCGGAAGCGGCGUUCUGACUUCACCCACUUAGCUGAGCAUACUUGCUGCUAUAGUGAGGCCUCUGAAUCUAGCUUGGAUGAGGCUCUGAAAGACUGUCGGGAAGUGGCCGCAGUCACCAACUUCAGUGACUCUGAUGAUACAAUGGUGGCCAAGCGCCAUCCAGCUCUCAAUGCCACCUUAAAGAGUAAGCAGCACUCCUGGCAUGAGUCAGACUCCUUUACUGAGAAUGCACCCUGUAGACCGCUGAGGCGGAGGAGGAAGGUGAAGAGAGUGACCUCAGAAGUGGCUGCCAGCCUCCAACAAAAACUCAAGGUGUCGGAUUGGAGCUAUGAGAGAGGUUGCAGGUUCAAAUCUGCCAAGAAACAACGGCUGUCACGUUGGAAGGAGAAUGCUCCCUGGACUUCAUCAGGCCAUGGGUUGUGUGAGUCCACAGAAAAUAAUAGGACUUUCCUUAGCAAAUCGGUCAGGAAGGAGAGGAUGGAGUGUGAAGCUGACGAACAAAAACAGGGCUCUGAUGAGAACAUGUCAGAAUGUGAAACCAGCAGUGUAUGUAGUAGCAGUGACACAGGUCUCUUCACCAAUGAUGAAGGUCGUCAAGGGGAUGAUGAACAGAGUGAUUGGUUCUAUGAAGGUGAAUGUGUCUCAGGAUUCACUGUCCCCAAUCUCCUCCCGAAGUGGGCACCUGAUCAUCGAUCUGAAGUAGAGAGAAUGGAUGCAGGACUAGACAAACUUUCAGAUUCCACAUUCCUUUUGCCCUCUCGUCCAGCUCAAAGAGGGUUCCAUGCACGCUUGAAUCGGCUCCCUGGAGCUGCUGCCCGAUGCCUCAGAAAAGGACGAAGAAGGCUUGUUGGAAAGGAGACCAGCAUGAGCACUUUAGGGACUGAGAGGGUAGGCCACAUAAUUAGUGACCCACGUCAGAAAGAAAAGAACAAAGCGUUGACUUCUGAUUUUCCCCACAUUCCUGCCUGUUCACAUGAGUUCAAUCCCCUUUCUCCCCUCUAUUCUCUGGAUGUUCUUGCUGACGCCUCCCACCGAAGAUGCUUACCAGCACACUGUUCUGCCAGACAGGCAAAUGUACACUUGGGACCACCAUGUUCGAGGGACAUAAAGAGGAAACGGAAACCUAUGACCACAGCAUCUCUGUCCAGCCCAACUGCAGCUUUACCUGUUCACAUGGAUGAAGUAGAGGCAAUCCCACCAUCAUCUCAGGCCCAGAAAUCGCCGAAUUCUGAGUGGUCGGUCCGGACCUAUGCAGCAGAGAAAACCACUGGGCCAACUCCAGCUACCUUUUUUAAGAUGCCGCAAGAAAAAAGCCCUGGGUGCAGCUAGAGGGGCAUUUUGCCCACAAAGUGUUGGCUGGAUUUGUUAAAACAUUUUAGACUUUGGAUUGUAUUGUCUCAGCUAUCUUGUUUGGCAAUACCUAUCUCGUCUUCUUCAACGCACUUAUCUUCAACCAUAGCAGCUCGAUCUCUCUAUUGGAAAAUCAUGCCUAUGAUUCAUUUUUUAAAAAAGUAUUAACAUGUUGGGGCAGUUUUAAAAAAAAAUUCUUGCUAUGCUGUAUUUAUUAUGUUUAUCUGUCAUUGUUGUCCCAACAUCAAUCUACAGCUACUUUUACAGAGCUGUUGCUUUUUUGCAGAUGUCUGUCUUUGUUGUUGUGAAACUGGUGACUGCUUUUGUGUCUCGUUUUGUGGCAAGGCUGCCAGUACCAUUUGAAGAAGAGCUGUCUUUGCAGCUAGCCCCAGGCAAGGGUGAGAACUGAGUUGAAGGCUAGCAUGAAAUCAUAGUUGACCAGGAGGUGGGAGACCAAAAUAUGGGGCUGAUUUCAAGGCUGGAACUUUGGAAUUUUGUCUUUCGGUGAUCUCAGAACACCAGGACUCAUCAGCCAACGCUGGAUCUUAGGAGAGACAUGGGCCAGCAGCUUGGGACUCAGAAAAAGUUAUCCUGUCCUGGUAGAUGUCUUAACAUUGCUCACGAUUAUGCUGUUCAUUGCCUUCUUUUCUGUGUUCUUUUCUUGAGCAAGAAAUCCCAUAAACAUGUACAGAUUAGCACAAUGAGGAUAACUUAAGUGAAAAUCACAGCUCUGAAGUAUUUAGUGAGAUAUUUAAAAAAAUUUCAUUUCCCAAGUCAAACCCUUCCUUUAGCAGACCUUUUGUCAUGUGAGUUAUUGAUCUCUCAAGCCAGUAACCUUAAUUAAGCUCAUAUGUUGGUAUAACAACUUUUUUGGGCUAUCUGCUUUUUUGGUAAAAAUUUCUGUCAUCUCCCUUCAUAUUUGAAGCUGCAUUGUGAAAACCUGUAGUCAUACCUGAGGUUAGUUGCAAUGCUGUCGACGUGAGGGAUAAGUAACUAAUUGGAAAUGGUGAAGGGAGGCUGCCAUUUCCAAAAGUAGUAUUAGAGCCACCUGUUUAAGGGGCUUGAUUAACUUAAAGGUACUCACUGAAUAUUUUCUGAGUACUUUAUAUUGUGAAACGUGUAAGAGUAAAUUGUAAAAGAGUAAACAGUCUCUUACAUGCAUACUACACAGAGUACAUUCUGUAGGGACUCCCUCUCAUAUCUCUGAUUAUUUUCUGUACUAAAGUAGAUGUUGAAGGGAGACAAGUACUCCCAUUUCCUGAAGCCCAGAAGCUUUUCUAGUAUUAGAUUAUAAUUAAGGAACUCCCUUACUGCUUUCCCUUUUCAAAUCAUAUUCUUUUAUAUAUUUGAGAGGGGCUCAGGGCCCAGCUGUUUUCUUUUCUCUGUAGAAGUAUGUGUUGUCUAUUGUGUUCUGAUACAAAGAUGAAGUAGAUGGCACCUUUGACUCACUGUCAGUAGGGCAUAUAGUUUGUGUUUUGAUAAAAGAAGGGAUGGGUUAUGGCCUUUUUGUUAACUAUGACACAUUUAGUCAAUGAUGGGUUUGUGGCCAUGGAAUGUUAUUUUUCCUUGUAGCAAACCUACUGGCCUAUGUGCGCAGUUGUAUAGUUGAUAGAGUGCUGGACUUGGAAGUGGGAACACCUGGAUUUGAAUUCUGCCUCUGAUGAUUAUGCCAUGUGUGA